UAAUAAUUUGGAAGGUAGCCUUGAUGUCUCCAUAUUAUGUCUCUGUGUUAUUUUACCGGCGUUACUAAAUAUUAGUUUUCAUCGAUUUUUACGGUUUUCGCUCAUCAAGAAUUAGACUCUUGAUCAUUCUCCACUUUCCUUUAACAAGCAAAUUUAACAAGCAAAAUGACAAAAGACGAAAAUUUAGAAAAAAAGCUAUCUGUAGAACCUAAUGAUAGUGAUAAGAAAGCAGUGACUGAUUCAGGGCCUGAUCCAUCGGCACCAAUUACGAGAAAAGGAGUAUUGACUUCUUUCUUAACUGGCAAACCUAUGGAAAUACCAGAACAGGAUGUUCUUGGCAAGUGCAGGUUUGUCUCUGAGUUUGAAAAACUGAAUCGUAUUGGAGAAGGUACCUAUGGAAUCGUGUAUCGAGCCAGAGAUACAAAAAACGAUAAAGUUGUUGCAUUAAAAAAAGUAAGAAUGGAGCAUGAAAAGGAUGGAUUGCCAGUAAGUGGUCUCAGAGAGAUAUCAGUUUUAUUAUCAUGUCGACAUGAAAACAUUGUACAUCUAAGAGAGGUAGUAGUAGGUAGAAGCCUAGAGAGCAUAUUUCUCGCAAUGGAGUACUGUGAACAGGAUUUAGCAAGCUUGCUGGACAACAUGCAAGCACCAUUUUCAGAAAGCCAAGUUAAAUGUAUUGUAUUGCAAGUGUUGAAAGGUCUUCGUUAUCUGCAUCAUAAUUUUAUUGUUCACAGAGACUUAAAAGUCUCUAAUCUUCUGAUGACGGAUAAAGGUUGUGUAAAGAUUGCUGAUUUUGGACUGGCUAGGUGGUUUGGUUUACCUUUGAAACCAAUGACACCUAGAGUAGUCACGCUGUGGUAUAGAGCACCAGAAUUGUUGUUACAAGCCAAAACGCAAACCACUUCAGUUGAUAUGUGGGCAGCUGGAUGCAUAUUGGGUGAAUUAUUGGGACAUAGACCUUUACUACCCGGUAGAUCAGAAAUUGCACAAUUAGAGUUAAUUGUCGAUUUACUGGGUACACCAAGUGAAGCUAUUUGGCCAGAAUUUAAUUCAUUGCCAGCACUACAAAAUUUUACGCUUAAACAACAACCAUAUAAUAACUUGAAACAAAGAUUUCCCUGGUUAAGCGCCGCUGGUCUUAGAUUAUUGAAUUUCUUAUUUAUGUAUGAUCCAAAGAAAAGAGCAACUGCUGAAGAAUGUUUACAAAGUAGUUACUUCAAAGAAGCUCCUUUACCUUGCGAUCCAAAACUUAUGCCUACAUUCCCGCAGCAUAGAAACAUGAAAAAAACAGUUGUGCAAAAAGAGAAUCGCGAACAAGAACCAACUGUUACUGAUCAAACCAAUAAUCUACCGGCUAUUUCAGAUCUUCUUGGAUCAUUAGUUAAGAAGAGACGUGUUGAAUGAAAAACCUUUUAUGUCUACUUGAAGAAAAGAAUAUUCUUUGAAUAUAUCUUUUUUCGAUUCUAUUUCGUAUAAUUGAUAACUAUAUGUACACUUAUUGCCAAAUAUAUGUACACUUAUUGCCAAA